ACCACUGUCAUGUAUUGAAAUUUCCUGGUUAGAGUAUUAGCGUUGCUCGCGUGCUCACGAGCCCAAGAAAACUAUUUAUUUUACGGAUAUUCACCCGGUCCGCUGAUUACCUGAAUACUAAAGAGUUGUUUGGAUUUCAUAGUUCUUGAUUUAAUUCUGUCAUCAACACUGAGUUGUGUUUAUAAAGCGUGUUCUAUAUAGUAGAUGCUCUUCAUGCAAAUAUUUUAUUUAUUUAAGAGUUGUAGUUAUAUUUAACUUAGUUUUGAGAUACUUAGCGUUACAUCAAUAAAAAAAUAUGGAAGAAAAAGAGAGAGGAUAAGUAAAAGAUUAGUACGAACUGUGAGUACUAAGACGCUGCAAGAAAGCAAAAUGAAAUAAUCCUUGAUUUUCUGUGAAAUAAGGAAAUUCUUUUUAUCUUUUUAUUAUAUUCUAUGCGUAGCUCGACAUUGACGGAUUGAAAUAAGGAUGUUGACAAUAUUAUACUAACAUAUUUCACUAAAUAUCUUAUAUUUUUAAACGAAUCUUUCUUUGAAUUCCUGUUGAAUAUUUAUCUACAGAAAUAAAUAGUAAUAUUAACUCAAUCGACUAUGUCUUCUAAGGAGAUAAAUGUAAAUUAUCCUGACCCAGGCUUUUGGACGGAAACCUCACUAAUCCAGCUCGGUUACGGUGUUUGGGUGAAUCUCUCCCAGGUCAUAGUAGGCUUGGCUUUUGGUUUUUCAUCAGUAGCUCUUCCACAAAUAGCAUCGGCUACAUCACCAAUAAAAGUUACAAUAUCCGAUCAGUCUUGGAUAGCUAGUGUUUUGCCUUUAUUUUGCCCGCCUGGCUGUAUUUUGGGUGGAUAUUUGAUAGAUAAAUUCGGUCGUCGUACUAUGCUUAUAUGCAGUCAGUUGCCAGUUAUGGCUGGCUGGUUUUACACUGGCGUUGCCCAAUCCGCUGUGAAUCUUAUCAUAGGCAGGAUGUUGACGGGUUUCGGCGUAGGAAUGGCAAUGAGUGUCCCUCGUGUGUAUAUGACUGAAAUGUCCUUACCAAAUAUGAGAGGUAUUAUUGGAUCUUUUCCAAACAUUGCCAUGUCUAUAGGCAUCGCUUCCCAGGCUGGUUUGGGAUCAAUUCUGAAAUGGAAUAUUUUAUGUUUUAUUAGUUUUAGCUGUUCUUUAAGCUUAUUCUUUUUAAACUUCAAACUUCCUGAAUCACCAUAUUACUUGCUGCAAAAAGCAUCGAUAGAUGAUGCGAGGAAUUCCCUCAAACAUUUCAGAGGUAAACAAUAUAAUAUUGAAAACGAAAUUAACGACCUCAUCGAUUUUAAGAGAGACAACGACAUCCAUAAGUUGAAUGCUAAGGAGAGAAUGCAGGCUUUAUUUAAACGAUCCGCUUGUAAGCCAUUCUGGACAAUGAUGGUAUAUGUUGUCAUUAUGGAACUGUCUGGCGCUUCGAUUGUCUUUAUGUGGGGUGUUCAGAUACUGCAGAGAUCAAAGUCUUCCGUAAAUCCUGAAAUAGGUAACUUUAUCUUGGGACUGAUGAGAAUUAUUAGCGGUGUAAUAACAGCAGUUUUUGUAUUCCACAUAGGCAGGAGACCGUUGGCACUUACGUCAGGUAUAGGUGUUGGUGUGACUUGCUUGUUUCUUGGUUCUAUCAUGCAUUAUUUAAGUACACCAUCAAUAUUCCCCCAACUAGGAUACGUGGCUUACAUAUUCUUCGCUACAUUGGGUUACUACACACUACCUCCUCUUAUAAUGUUUGAAUUGUAUCCACUCCAGGUAAGAGGAAUACUGGGGGGCUUGUCAUUGUCAAACAUAAGUUUAUGUAUAUUCGUAGCAAACAAGAGUUUUCCAUUCGUCAGAGAUUCCCUUGGGUUUGCGAACACCAUUUUGGCGUUUGGUAUAUGGUCUUUUCUUGGGUCAGUGUUCCUGUACUUCUUCUUGCCAGAAACGAAAGAUUUGACCUUGCAAGAAAUAGAGGAAUAUUAUAAUGACAUACGGCCAACUCUGACGUCACAGAGGAAAAUACUUUCAAUGCAACGGAUACAGAGCAUGGAAAACACGAGCACUUCCAAAGGAAUAAUGAAGAAAACGAGCAAUACCGGCAAACCAGUGUCGUAGACAAAGUAGUUUUCAAAAGAAAAUUCUCUUUGUAAUAUCUGUAUUGUGUUAAUUGCAUUACGAAAAGAUCUCCACGCUGUAGCGUGAGAUUAACACAAUCUAAGUAGUUUCUCAAGAGGAAAAACAGUUUUCUCAUAAUGUGCUCCACUUUGGGCUCGCUUAUUGCAAAAUAAAGAUUUUAUCGAAAUAAAACACAUUUCAUAAACUAGUUAUGUUUUUUUAAUUGUAUUCAUUAACGUUGGCUGUGUUUUUAAUAUAAACUGAAUUAUUAAUCGGAACGUCGAAACGUUAAGUAUAACCAGCAGACACGUAUCUUAAACUAUCUGUUUAAUUUGUUUACGC